CAUUUCGGAAUAAUUUAUUUGCGAUCCGUAGAGCGGCAAUAGUUCAGCGGCUGUAAUUAAUGAGGCCCCGAGAUGCUGGCCUCGCCUGCUACCUGUUGAGCCUCUGUAAAUCGGGACAGGAAGGCCUUUGUACUUGCAAAUCUCGCCAGAAGUCAUCGUAGAGCGAAUGGCCUGAGAACGCCUGCCUCCCUCCCCUGCCCUCCCCUCCCCGGCCGUCUGCGAAACGCCGCCACAACAAAACUGGCCGCCGCGUCUGCUGUAUCCCCGGGUCUUGCUCUUACCUCCUCCUCCGCCGGCGUCCUCUGCGUGGUGUGGUGCGUCCGCCGCCGCGUCCCAGGGAAGAGAUCCUGUCGGGCCAUGGCGUGGCUGUGAUCCGGGGGAGCGAGAGCGUGGGCUCGGUCGAAGCGCCGAGGAACGGAUCCUUGCGGGGACUACCGAUGUCCUGUGCCAGUGCCAGGCUCCCUUGCCGCCGCCGCCGCUGCUGCUGUUUCCGUGUCCAUCGCGCUUGAGCACACACUGGGUGACUGGUGGCAAGCAGUUACCUCGAGCGACCGACAUUAAAGCAAUACAGUGAAGUGUAAGUUGCCCCCACUGGCCGGGACAAGAACCAGCGGGGCCUCGGCUCGGUCUGACUGACAGCUGUGAGGAACCAGCCAGGACUCAGCUGUGGAACCUUCGCAAGGAUGCUGGACUCCACUGUAUUCCUGUCAACACUUACACCAAAGUUCUAUGUGGCCCUUACAGGAACCUCAUCUCUUAUCUCAGGCUUAAUACUAAUAUUUGAGUGGUGGUACUUUCGAAAAUAUGGAACCUCGUUCAUUGAACAGGUGUCCCUCAACCACCUCAGUCCAUGGAUUGGGGGUGGUGAGAACACCACCACAGAAAACACCAAUACCAAUCCCAACAAUAACAAUAAUCAACAAAGUGUACCAGAGUGUAAAGUGUGGCGGAAUCCGCUGAAUCUUUUCCGAGGUUCUGAGUACCAGCGGCUAACAUGGUCAACCAAGAAGGAACCCCUGACAUACUAUGACAUGAACUUAUCUGCACAAGACCACCAGACAUUCUUCACUUGUGAGGCAGAUGCAGGGAAGCCAGAAUAUGAAAUAAUGCAGACAGCCUGGAGAGAAAGAAACCCAGAGGUACGCAUCAAGUCGGCACAUUCUGCCUUGGAACUAAACCCCGAGUGUGCCUCAGCAUACAUUCUCUUAGCUGAGGAGGAAUGCAACUCCAUUGUGGAGGUGGAGAAAAUGCUUAAAACAGCAUUGAAAUAUGCUGAAGUAAAUUAUAGAAAGUCACAAACUACCCAGCAUCAAAGUCCAGUUAUGGAAGCUUUGCACAGGCGGGACAGAAAUGUAUUUAUUUACAUAAAAAGACGACUUGCCAUGUGCGCAAGAAAACUUGGCAAGAUGAAAGAAGCAAUAAAGAUGUUCAGGGAUUUAACAAAGGAAGUGCCUCCAAUUAUGAAUGUCUUAAACCUACAUGAAAAUUUGUUAGAGGCAUUACUUGAGGUUGGUGCAUAUGCUGAUGCACAAGCUGUUCUUGCAAAAUAUGAUGACAUUGCUCUCCCAAAGUCUGCAACUAUAUGUUAUACAGCAGCACUGCUAAAAGCAAGAGCAGUAGCAGAUAAAUUUUCUCCAGAUAUAGCAAGUAAACGUGGUCUCACAGCAGCAGAAAUGGCAGCUGUAGAAGCCAUUCACCGUGCUGUAGAAUUCAACCCACAUGUACCAAAGUACUUGCUGGAGAUGAAGCCACUUAUUCUUCCUCCUGAGCAUAUUCUUAAAAGAGGAGAUUCUGAAGCCAUUGCAUAUGCCUUCUUCCACCUCCCACACUGGAAAAGAGUUGAAGGAGCACUGAACCUCCUGCAUUGCACAUGGGAAGGAACAUUCCGUAUUAUUCCCUAUCCUCUGGAGAAAGGACAUUUGUUUUAUCCUUACCCAACUUGCACUGAAUGUGCAGAUCGGGAGCUUCUGCCAUCUUUCCAUGAGGUGUCUGUCUACCCAAAAAAGGAGUUGCCAUUCUUCAUUGUAUUCACUGCAGGGCUUUGCUCCUUUACUGCAUUAUUGGCUCUCUUAACACACCAGUAUCCUGAGCCCAUGGGUGCUCUAGCCAAGACACUUCUGAGCUGGUGGUAUGUCCCAAUCCAGUAUGUUCUGGAGAAACUGGAAGCGGUUCUGCCAUCAAACCUUCUUCAUCAUCUAUCUCGAAUUUGACCACCAUACAAUAGAUUGAAAAUUGUGGCCAGGGACUCAAGCUUGCAACAUCACAUAUUUUUCCCACAUAUGAUAGAGUCUGAAUCACUUCAGUAUUUUUAUGGAAUAUGAUUUAAUUUAUUGAUGAUACAGGAGAUCAAUGACCUAAGUGAGAAACAAAAGAUUAUGGCAUUCAUCUUCAUUAGAUUUGUAUCAAGGGCUCACUAAGCUUAUUUUUGCACAAUAUGUAUGUGAUUUAUGAUGUAGAGCCACAAAUAGUACUUAAAUAAACUUUAUUUUAAAGAUAAAUUAUCUGGUAGAAACUAAAGCGGCAAAUUACUGGAGAUGCAUAGAACUUUGCACAAAACAAUCAUUAGAAAAUUACUUGUCAAAAUACAUACUGAUGAGAAAGUUGUUAGUUUCAAAGAUAAUGCAGCUAGAGUUCUUUUUUCUUUUCUGUUUCCUCACACUUUCUUUGGGAGUUAUUGAACUUCUCUGAAGCAUAUGAGUUUAUUCUUUUAUCACUGAUAUAAAUUCUUAUCUACGAAAAGAAAUUGGUAGAAGAAUGCAGCGGUGGUUUACAAAUUUUGUCCUGUAGAAGUAGAUAUUACAGUUGUAGACAUUUGUUUUGGAUUUUUAAAGCAGUGGAAUCACAUAAAUUUCAAAUGAUGCAUUAGAAUGUAGCUUUUACUUAUGUUCUGUCAGGUUUCAUUUUUCUUUUCUUGCUAACACAUAAAAAAAAUUCUUGAUAUGUAUAAAGCAUACUUGUUUUUGUUUUUUUUAAUACAGUUUUAACACAAAAGUAAUCGUGUAAAAUGAGAAUAAGGGAGUGUUUUUCAGAGCAGUUUGUUAUUUUAGAGAUCUCAUGCUUCUGUUAGGAUGUAUUUGUCAUUACUGAAUUUCAAAGCAACUCGUAUUGGACAUUUUUUAUUGGUUUAUUUUUUUAAGCAGACCAGGCAAAAGAAGGCUCCCCAAUAUGUGAUCAGAAUGUAGUCUUUUUUCACUCCUCUUCCCUCACUAUAUUCCUUUUUUUCUCAGUUUUAUUAAGCAAAUUAAAUUUCUUCUUCUUCUUCAAGAAUACGCACUAAACUUUCUCAUCAACCUCUGAAACGUGAAUCUUCAGAGGUUAAGGAAAUUAUUAAAGUGCAUGAAGUAACAACUGUACAUCAGAUUAUUUCAAGCCUUUCAUUCAAUAAAGCAAAGGGAUGCUAUACGACUUUUUACUGUGAUUAAUAUAUACAUAUACACUUGAAAUGAUGGGUAAGAUACAUUUUUCAGCAAUCAAAUUGGUCAGAUGUAUUGCAAAACUUUGAAGAGACAUCUCACAGUGUUUUCUUGUUUGCUAGUUAUUCCAAGAAAAACUUUUGUGGUUUCAGACUUUGCUAUAAUAUAAGAAGGCUCUCAGAAUAAGCAUUGAUAAUGACUGGCUUGUAAUAUAUAUUUAUCUGUUCAGCAACAUUUUUUUUUUUCCAAGGUUUCUUUCUCUCCUUCCCCACCUGACCCCAAUAUUUACUUUGUGGAAGUAGCUUUUCAAAGGUUGUACUUGUUUUAUUUCAUUGCUCAAAUUGCAUUUGUUGAUAUUUGAAAUACUAGGACAAUAGCACUAGUUCUGUCAUCUUGAUGAUGUCAACUUUCCUUAAUGUGGAAAACAAAAAAGAGAAAAAAAAACAGAUUGCACCUUUUCUAUUUUAUUCAUGUGCAUCAGAACUUCCAAGUCAGUCUUAUGUUUUUUGAUCAAGACCUCUGAAAUACAGCCAUAACAGUACAUUUAUUAUCCAACUUAUGAUUUUGAAGGUUGCUUGAAAAGACUAUACACUGCUGCAUAUAUACAAGAUCUGAAUUUUUUCAGGCGGAUGGUUAUUGUACACUAUCAUGACAAAUUAUGACUUUACUUUUGCAUUA